AGCAUCCGUAGAAUUCCGCGGACUACAGUGCCCGCUUCGAUUCUUCUACUACCGUCCUGCGAUUCGCCGGCAAGCGAAGACAACUACCACUUCGAAGUUCGAACCACACGCUCUCUCUCUCUCUCUCUCUCUCUCUCUCUCUCUCUCUUCUCUAGGGUUCCUCGUCCUCUUCCUCAUCUCGCGAGAUCGAAGGGGGAAUCGAAGAUAAAGGGAGGGAGCGGAGGGAGCUUCUUCUGCCAUGGAAGCCCCGCCUCAGCUCCUCCACUGCGGCGUCGACCCUUUCCGGCGAUCGUCGGCGCUCGAUCUCCGCGCUUUGCGCGGGAAGUUUCGCCCCCGCCCGUUCCUCGCAAGGUCCAAGGGACGGGGACUCGGCGUCUUCGCCAUCGCCACCGAGCCGAAGCCCGGUAGCGCCGGGCCCUCUUCUCGUGUCUCCAUCAAUGGAGCUGCCAAUAGAUUUGGGAAGAUGUCGGAGGAGAUUAAGAAGGUGAGGAAGCAGAUGGAGGAGGAUGAACAGUUGGCGACGUUGAUGAGAGGACUCCGUGGUCAGAACCUCACAGAUGCUCAGUUUGCCGAUGAGAACAUCACGCUGCGCCUUGUUGAGGUACCAGCAGUGAACAACAGUGAGACAUUGCCUCUAGUGUAUGAUCCAGAUAUCAUAGCAUCAUACUGGAGAAAACGUCCUAGAGCUGUUGCCACACGAAUUGUACAGUUGCUAUCUGUCGCCGGCGGCUUUCUAUCUCAUCUAAUUUGGGAUCUGGUUAAUAAGAAGAUCAAAGAGAAUGAAGUUGCAAGGGCCAUCGAAUUGAGGGAGAUAGUCACGUCUUUGGGUCCAGCCUACAUCAAACUCGGGCAAGCACUAAGUAUUCGACCAGACAUAUUAUCUCCUGCGGCAAUGAUUGAACUACAGAAGCUAUGUGAUAAGGUUCCUUCCUUCCCAGAUGAUGUGGCAAUGGCUCUAAUUGAAGAAGAGCUCGGUCAGCCUUGGCAGAAGAUCUAUUCUGAACUGUCUCCCUCACCAAUUGCUGCAGCAUCUCUGGGACAAGUUUACAAAGGUCGCCUAAGAGAAACGGGAGAAUUGGUUGCUGUCAAAGUACAACGACCAUUCGUUCUUGAGACUGUGACUAUUGACUUAUAUAUUAUCCGGAAAUUGGGAUUGGUUUUGAGGAAGUUUCCACAGAUCUCUAUUGAUGUUGUUGGGUUAGUAGAUGAGUGGGCUGCUCGUUUUUUUGAAGAACUUGAUUAUGUGAAUGAAGGAGAGAAUGGAACUCUAUUCGCUGAAAUGAUGAGAGAAGACCUUCCUCAGGUCGUGGUACCAAAGACUUAUCAUAAGUAUACAUCAAGGAAAGUUCUUACCACUCAAUGGAUAGAUGGAGAAAAGCUAUCACAGAGCACGGAAAGUGAUGUAGGGGAACUGGUUAGUGUUGGAGUCAUAUGCUACCUAAAACAGUUGCUUGAUACUGGAUUCUUCCAUGCUGAUCCACAUCCAGGGAAUAUGAUCCGAACCCCAGAUGGAAAGUUGGCUAUUCUUGAUUUUGGCCUCGUAACAAAAUUGACUGAUGAUAAAAAAUACGGAAUGAUUGAAGCAAUAGCUCACCUUAUUCAUCGUGAUUAUGAUGCAAUAGUUAAGGACUUUGUAAAGCUUGAUUUCAUCCCCGAGGGAGUCAAUUUGGAUCCAAUAUUACCCGUCUUGGCCAAAGUUUUUGAUCAGGCACUUGAAGGAGGGGGCGCGAAAAAUAUCAAUUUUCAAGAACUAGCAUCUGAUUUGGCUCAGAUAACAUUCGAUUAUCCAUUCAGGAUACCCCCAUAUUUUGCUUUAAUUAUCAGGGCCAUUGGAGUAUUGGAAGGCAUUGCAUUAGUGGGGAACCCUGACUUUGCUAUAGUUGAUGAAGCUUAUCCAUAUAUUGCACAGAGACUUCUAACUGAUGAGUCUCCUCGGUUGAAAAAUGCAUUACGAUACACCAUAUAUGGGAAAAGUGGAGUUUUUGAUGCUGAAAGAUUCAUUGAUGUUAUGCAAGCCUUUGAAAACUUUAUCAGUGCGGCAAAAAGUGGAGGUGGUGAGAACCUGAAUGGCAAUAUGGCCGAGCUUGCUGUUUUGCAAAGUCCUGGUUAUUUGGUUCCGUUAUUUCCAGCAAUUAUAUCUCAGCCAGCGCAGCCGGUCAAAACCAGGGUGGCCCUUACAUUUUUGCUCUCUGAAAAGGGCAACUUCUUCCGAGAGUUUAUCCUUGAUGAGAUUGUCAAAGCCAUUGACGCAGUUUCUAGGGAGCAGUUGGUACAAAUAGCUGCAGCUUUGGGAAUUCGGAAUCUAGCCCCUGUUUUCAGUAUGGUUCCUCUAAGGCCUGCAUCUUUGCUACCCACCAUCACGGAGGAAGACAAGGUUAUAUUAAACAAUGUUGAGAAAGUUGUGAGAUUUCUGACAGCUGGGACUUCAACCACAACAUCACAGCAGGAAGUAAAUAUUGCCUAUAUAAUCCAAGAGCUUCUUCCUGUGCUGCCGGGUAUAUCAGCAAAGGUUCUGCCGGAGGUUUUGAACCGGUUAUCUUCACGGAUUUUAGCACGUCUUAUCCGGGACACAUUUUUGUAGCUUGCAAUAUUAGUUUAAUUUGACAGAAAGAGAAUUUGGGAUGGCUCUCUUUGUAUAUAAAAAUGUAAUCGUCCCUAUGGAAGGGCGUAUGCACAAGAAAAUGUAAUCUUUGACCUCAAAGGACCCAUUCCAUUUUUCUUGUGUAACAUAUCAAAGGUUAGCUAACCAAAUGGAGCUGAGAAUAUCUAAUUCUUAUCAUAGAUGUUGUCUUCACAUAUGCUUAAUAUACAGAUGACAACCUUCUCAGAAA